AUGCACAGGGUUGCAUUCAAUGCACAGGCUGACUUGAAGAAUGUUGUAUCCUCCGAGAAUGCUUCAAAAUCCAUGUUAACGGAGUAUUUCAAGGCAAACGAAAAACACCCUUGGGCAAGGCAUAUAUUGUACAAGGAUUUCCCCGGAAGCUUCACGUGGGAGAAGAAAAAGAAGUUCUGGAAGAGGCGGGUGGAGCGUUUUCAAAUAGGUCGUAUCGUGUCUGCCAAUCCUGCCGAGGGGGAGCGAUACUACCUUUGUGUGUUGUUGAACCAUGUUCCGGGGAAAACAUCAUUUGAGGACUUGCUCACCGUCGACGGCGUGGUAUGUGGGAGCUUUAGAGAGGCCGGUGAAAGGUUGGGACUCAUCGAGGCAGACAACACGCUCGACGACUGUCUUACUGAGGCGGAGCAGUGGGCUAUGCCAUGUUCUCUUAGGAGGCUCUUUGCAACAAUCUUGGUGCACUGCGAGCCAGGCGACGUGCGCGGUUUAUGGGAUAGACACCUCGAGCCUAUGUCCGAUGACUACCGUCGGACACGCACGUCCCCGAACGAGGUGGAGCAGAUGGUGUUGCUUGACAUUAGGGGUAUGUUGCAGUCUAUGGGUAAAGACAUUAUUGAUUUUGCUCUUCCAACGAUCAAUGAUGCAUUUGACCCAACCGAGGGCGAGGCCAGAGAGAUCAUCGAGGAAUCAACUGUUGAGUUUGACGAAAGUGACACUAAAUUGUCAUCUUCCCUGAAUUUUGAGCAAAGGGCUGCAUACGACGAGAUACUAGCGGCUGUUGAAUGCGGUGAUGGGGGUAUAUUCUUCGUUGAUGGCCCUGGAGGUACGGGGAAGACCUUCCUCUACAGGGCGAUGCUCGCCAAGGUGAGGCGCGAGGGAAAGAUUGUUAUCGCUACCGCGACGUCGGGCGUCGCUACUUCUAUCAUGCCUGGCGGCAGGACUGCCCACUCGAGGUUCAAAAUCCCACUGAGUUGCGAUGAUGGAGCCUCGUGCAGCUUCACCAAGCAGAGUGGGACCGCCAAGCUGCUAAGGAUGGCCUCAUUGAUACUAUGGGACGAGGCCAGCAUGACUAAGCGACAAGCGGUUGAGGCAUUAGACAAUAGCAUGCGUGACAUCAUGGGAAUACGCGACCGACCCUUUGGAGGAAAGACUGUUGUUUUUGGCGGGGACUUUAGGCAGGUGCUUCCGGUCGUCAGAAGGGGGUCACGGGGCCAGAUAAUUGAUGCAAGCCUCCGAAGUUCUCAUCUAUGGAAGAGUAUGCGGCAGCUUCGGCUCAUCACCAACAUGAGGGCUCAUAAUGACACGUGGUUUACAGAUUACUUGCUCAGGGUCGGUAAUGGCACAGAGGAAGCCGACGAUCAAGGCAACAUACUACUCCUUGAUGAUAUUUGUCUGCCGUCUAUAGGCGAGGUUGACGACCUGGAGAAGCUGAUUGACCACGUGUUUCCGAGUCUAGAUGACAACAUGGCAGAUUCGAGUUACAUGACAUCUCGCGCAAUCCUUUCCACGACAAAUGACAACGUCGACAAGAUAAACAUCCGCAUGAUAGAGCGUUUCCACAGAGAUGAAGUAAUCUACCAUAGCUUUGACAGUGCGGAGGACGACCCAUAUGGCUACUACGCUCCUGAGUUUCUGAACGGAUUGACUCCCAAUGGUCUUCCUCCGCAUGCACUCAAACUAAAGCUGAACUGCCCGGUGAUACUUCUAAGGAACAUUGAUCCAGCUAAUGGGCUAUGUAACGGGACUAGGCUUGUUGUUAGAGGUUUUGAGAGGAACACCAUUGAUGCAGAAAUCGUGAUUGGACAACACGCUGGUAGGAGGGUCUUCCUUCCUCGAGUACCUCUGUGCCCAUCUGACAACGACAUGUUUCCAUUCAAGUUUAAGAGGAAGCAAUUUCCUAUAAGGCUUAGCUUUGCUAUGAUGAUUAACAAGGCUCAAGGGCAGACCAUCCCCAUUGUUGGUGUGUAUCUACCUAAUCCGGUGUUCUCUCAUGGUCAACUCUAUGUUGCUUUGUCUCGAGCCACCGCGAAGAGAAACAUAACAAUACUCAUUCAGAAGGAGAAGCCAAAGGAGAAGUCCAACAAGCAACAUAACAAUCCGAAGAAGCAUAAAAGACCGACCGUGUCCUUGCUGACCUCAAUGAAGAACAUCGUCUACAAGGAAGUACUUACAGGCUGA